AUGUGUCCUGAUUCAGACCAUUCCGGUGGAAAAAGAAAAAUGACCUCUAUAUUUGCGAAAAAUGGCGUUCUGUCGGGACGGCUGGAACAUUACUGUUUGGUGUGCGAUGAGUUGUUCAAGGGCGAAGAGGAAACUGUCGUGCAUAUCGUCAGCUUAAUGCACAAGAACAAGUUAAACAAGUGCGGCUAUUUAGAAAAAUAUAAAGGACAUUUCAUUAGGAAGGUAAAUGGUAUUUAUUUCUGCGAGCCAUGUAGUCUGACCUUCCCAGUGGCUACGAAGGUGGAACUACACAUAGAGGAACUGUCUCAUCUGGACGCGAGGUCCGGUUCUAUAGCUACUGUAAGACGCAUAGACGCCAAUACAGUGGCAUAUGACCCGUUCAUUAUAUCAGAUGAUGCUUGGAAUGGUUGCUUGAAGGACACCUGCGUUCUAUGCAACAUUGAGUUUGAAGAAUCAGACCUCCGCGCCCAUAAGAUUUCGCGCAACCACAUUCUGAAUUUACUCAGAAGUAAAGUGUAUAACUACUUAGGUUCGUCUCUUUCUACAGAACAAAACAUUGCAAUCUACAGAAAGAUCGAUGCUAAAACGAAUCAUUGUCUUACUUGCAACGAAAUCAUUGGACUUGACCUAUGUAGCCAUGGUGAGAGCGUCGAGCAUAAAAGGGCUGUUAAACUUGUCGACAAAAACAACGGAGACCAAGUUAAAGCAGAUACUUCACUUGAAAAUGGUGGUGCUGCCAACUCUUUCCUUAACUUGAAUAACGAGAGAGGAGACAAAGUUCUUCUUGGAGGCGCUGUUAACGGAGACUCCAAAAACGACGUUGAUAAAGUAAAAGAUAAUCUAAAGCCGUCGGGUGCUGCUGACGAAAAUGACGUCUACUUCAAAAACAUUGAUAUACGAAACUACAUCACUGACUAUAAAGGCAAAAAGUGGUGUGUCUUAUGUAAUUGUUUUCUAACAAACUGCCACCCUAAAGAACAUCUUCGUUCAGUUCAUCAUACCACUCUAAUGAAACUGCACAAGGGAAAGGCAGAUAACGGUCAAAAGGCCAAUGCAAGCGCAAAAUCAAAUAUGAAUGAUUUCGUGAGUAGAUAUCAAGAAAACAACAUUAACAUGAACUUGAUUAAUGAGACUGCGUUUUGUAAGAAAUGUUCGAAGAAUAUUGAUUUUGACACUGACUCUAUUGAUAAACAUAUUGAGGAACACAAGAUUGCUAUGAAAAAGACCAAAAACAAUGUUCAGUUGGUAUCAGGGAUGAAGUCGAAUGGUUCGGAGCGGACCACCUUGUUUACUAACCCAGUCUUGUUGGCAAGCGCCGAAACUAAGACCGACAAGCCAAAGACUCAACUAACGACGCUACAGGAGUUCGCAAAGACUCAUGGGUUUACUCGUAAUACUGCCGAUAAUAGCUAUUACUGUCACGCUUGCGACCGUCGGCUCGCUACCAAUAAGUUGAAAGAACACGUCGAUAAUAAGACGCAUAUUGAUAAUAUUAAAAAUAAAACAACUAAAACUGAAGAAAAAGCAGUCACAAAAAAGCCUCUUCUUGAUGUCGUAGGAGUAGGCGAAUUUAUUGAAGAUAUAGAAAGAGACGAAACGAUUUUACUUAUCAACAAUAAAUAUUGGCUGAACGCGUUUGGUUUCUUCCUGCUUGCUAGGUUUAAUCAUAAAAUUUUCUGCCAUGCCUGCCAUAUAGAUCUUAAUCAAAAUAAUAUGUUUGAACACAUAAUAAAGGAUGAGCACAUAGAGGCUGUGGAGAAAUGUCUCGUAGUAGCUUCUAUGGAGGACGAAUUUAUUAGAGAGAUAAAGCUGGAAAAGUAUCACUGCGGUUACUGUAACACUGUUGUAGAGGAUUGGGACGAUAUGGUAGACCAUGUUAGCUUGCCUAAUCAUAAAUCUACUAAACUCGAGGCAGAGAAAAGACUUCAAAUGCACCAAAAACUUAAUCGCAUUAGAGAAGUGGUCACGACGGAAAACGAAAACCAACUACUGAUGGCAUUUAUAGAGAAGGUUAAACGAUUGAAGCUUCACUAG